UGUUUGUUCAAAACAUACAGACCAAUUUCCUUCGAAAAAUUCUCUAAAAAUUUCGGGAAUAAAAAAUAACCACAACCUCUCCCUCCCCACCCAUUGGCAGUUGGAGCACUUGUUUUGCUUCUGGUCAACCUGCUCCAAACGCCUUCCUUCCGUCGUAGCUCUUGGACCUCUGAAGGAACGGCAACAUGAAGGCUAUCCCACUUACCAUUCACUGGCACGAACAGAAUCAGCCAAUAUACAGUGCACAUUUCGAGCCCAACGGGAAAGGUCGGCUUGCGACCGCCGGCGGGGACACUAAUGUUCGAAUCUGGAGGGUCCAAGGUGAUGGCGAGGAGAGCAAGGUUGUCUACCUGAGUACUCUUGCGAAGCAUAGCCAAGCCGUUAAUGUUGUUCGCUUUUGUCCACGAGGUGAGAUGCUUGCAUCGGCGGGCGAUGACGGUAAUAUCAUACUCUGGGUUCCCGCAGAGCCUGGUCACCGUUCUGGUGCAUUUAGCGACGAUGAUCUCGAGGACAAGGAGACCUGGAGACUUAAACAUAUGUGUAGAUCGAUGGGCUCGGAGAUCUACGAUCUUGCCUGGUCCCCGGAUGGUAUAUUUUUUAUCACCGGAAGCAUGGAUAAUAUUGCCCGUGUUUGGAAUGCUCAAACUGGUCAAAUGGUUCGUCAAAUUGCCGAACACAAUCAUUAUGUCCAAGGCGUGGCCUGGGAUCCAUUGAACGAAUUUGUAGCCACCCAGAGUUCUGAUCGUUCAGUUCACAUCUAUACACUCAAAUCAAAGGACGGCCACUUUUCUCUUUCACAGCAUGGCAAGAUUUCACGGAUGGAUCUCCCUCCUCGGAGGAGGUUCUCACCAAAAGUUCACGGCUUGGGAGUCAAAAACGCAAAUAUCUACUAUAACGAGACACUGACAUCAUUUUUCCGCCGGUUGACAUUUACUCCGGACGGAAGCCUUUUGUUUACCCCGGCCGGGCAAUAUAGGACUUCUAAUCCCACUACCGGAGACGGGGCAAAAACAGCGGAUGAUAUAAUCAAUACAGUAUAUAUAUACACCAGGGCAGGGUUGAACAAGCCACCCAUUGCCCAUCUCCCAGGCCAUAAGAAGCCUUCAAUAGCGGUCAAAUGCUCCCCUGUGUUGUAUACAUUCCGGAAGUCGUCGCCAUCCGGGCCGGACACCGCUGCCUCGACCCCCAAUACGAGUGCGCCUUCUAAUGCAGCCUUUUCGCUGCCAUACAGGAUGGUAUAUGCUGUAGCGACACAAGAUGCCGUUCUAAUAUAUGACACCCAGCAGCAAACCUCACUCUGCGUAGUUAGCAAUUUACACUAUGCGGCCUUCACAGAUCUUACAUGGUCGUCGGAUGGGAACACACUGCUGAUGACGUCUACGGAUGGAUUUUGCUCUGUGGUUAUUUUCUCUUCCGGUGAGCUGGGUGAAAAGUACACAGGUCCAAUUGCGAGUACGGGAGCGACAACUCCCUCUGGAACUCCUACUCAUCCAACCUCAAAUCCUGCUCCGACCCACAAGACCCCACUAACACCGGUUCCCCCAACUCGUCACUCAAACUCCCCGACACGUUCAUCGUCGUCUUCCUCUAUUAGCACGCUGGGCUCUACAGCUAUCAACAAUCCUAGGCCUACCGUUGGAAGCCUACCCAGCGUGUCAGCAUCUGUAGUGGGAGUGCCGUUGACUACCCCGCCUCAGACCCCACUCAGCGCAAACUCUAGUGUUCUUGGGAAGAGAGAUGAGGGGCCAGUGAAACAGGACGGUGGCGGAACUGAAAGUGUGCCGGAUGCCACUACCGGAGGCGACAAAAAGAGGCGGAGAAUUGCACUAACUCAAGUUGUUGCCGAUGGCACUUAAGAGACACCCAACGCUCAGUGGUUCAUUAGUCACGGUUAUAUAUAGGUGUAGGUUACGACGGUCGGGGAGCGGAAUACGUGAUUAACCUGGGAAAAGAAGUUUGAGUAAUUUGGAGCUUUGCUAUCUGGGGAAGGUUAUUUUGUUCUCUGAUUUCUGAUGGGCUUUCCUUUGUUCUCUGGUUUUCUUCCUCUUCCCCUUUACAUUUAUUUCCUGGUAGGUGUUUUGGCUCUGGAUAGGCUUCCAAUUGUUCUUUCUAUUGUCAAUCAAUUUACUCUUCACCUUGGCAUCUUUACACCUGAAACCCUUUGAAUUAUUUUCUGGUUGUUUUUUUUGAGGGAAAUCUGUUCUGAAUCUCCCAAACGCACAUACUACUGGUAACCUUUUCUCGUAUUUGCUUGGGAUAUGACUUUGUGGCAAAAAUAUAAAAAACAUGUAUAGGAGUUGAGCAACAAGGUGGUACCGAUUUUUGCUUUUAAGAACCUUGGCUUAAUGCUUCCUUGUAAAGUAAGUUACGGUAUUUGAACAGUAUUC